AUGCCGAAGUUCCCGACCAUCCCUUCGCUAAUAAGCUCCACAAGAGCCUCCUUCAAAAGCAUACCUUCGCUUUCACCCACAAAAGAACUCGUAUGUAACUACGAGACCAUCGAUAAUCUAGACGUUAUAGACGACAUCUGCGAGGACGCUUAUAAAGGUUACUCAAAGUGGUCGAGCCGACCAUUCGACGAAAGAUGUGAAAUUCUUAGAGCAGCUGCUAGUCUAGUUCAAAAGAACAAGGAACAGUAUGUCGAGGCUCACAUGGCUAUCGGAGCUGCGAGGCCGUUUGCUGAAAUCAUCACACAGAUGGCCUACCAGAACAUUGUGGAACAUGCUCUGCCUAUUUCUCGACCGGACGGCGAGGUUUUGAAAAGCAAAAUGAGUCAAUUGGCCAUGUCUAUAAAGAGCCCAGUGGGACCCGUGCUUUCAAUUGCUCCAUGGAAUGCUCCUACUGUGCUUUGGGCUCGGGCUAUAGCUGCACCAUUGGCCGCUGGAUGUUCUGUGGUUGCCAAAGCGCUGGAAAAGGCUCCGAUCACAUCUUACCUUUUUGCUAGGGAUUUCCAUAAGGCUGGCGUUGACAAGGAAGCUUUGCAAGUGGCUCAAUUUGCACCAAAGGACCAGCCUGAAGCGACAAAGAGACUCAUUGAGCACAGCAAAAUCAAGAAAAUCACAUUUACCGGAUCCUCGGCGCUUGGAUCCCAACUCUCCCAAAUCGCAGGAAGCGCUUUGAAACCUAUGUUGUUGGAGCUUGGAGGAAAGAAUGUGCUGAUCAUCACUCCAGAUGCCGAUCUUGAAAAAGCUGCAGAAUCCCUGCUAUUCAGUGCAUGGCUUCAUAAUGGCCAAAUUUGCAUGUGUCUUGAUAACUGUUUCGUACACAGCUCGGUCUAUGACGACUUUUUGAAAAUUUUGGUGAAAAAAGCCCAGCAACAGUCUGCUGAGAAAACUCCACUUAGAGAUGUUGAAGGUGCGGAUAAAGUCCGUGGAUUAGUGAGUCAGGCGCUUGAAAAGGGUGCUAAAGUUGCUUUUGGUGACCCCAAGCAGCUGUCUGACGCUUUUGUUCUGCCUUUGAUUUUGACUGAUGUGGAUAAAUCUAUGAACAUUUAUGUGGAAGAAACCUUCGGUCCUGUCUUCUCCGUCAUAAAGUACGACACGAUAGACGGUGUUGUGAAUGCAGUGAAUGACUUGAGAUUCGGCCUCAAGACAUCCAUUUGGUCUAAAGAUGUGUUGAAUGCAAUUGCAGUGGCCAAGAAAAUCGACACUGGCGCCGUUCACGUAAAUGGAUCAACUGUGCACGAUGAAGCGACAGUUCCCCAUGGAGGAGUUGGCCAGAGUGGUUUUGGCAGAUUCAACAAUAAGUGGGGGCUUGACGAAUUUAGCUUCGAGAAGGUCAUCACAGCCAACCCAUGA